AGUCGUGUGUUGUGUGCUGCGCGCGCAUGUUCGAAAAUGGCCGAUAUUUGGUAAAAUAAACAAUUUGAAUACUUUUAUGAAUUGGAAAACUUUAAUUUUGCCUUUUUUAGUGUCGUGUCAGUGAUUGUAAAUAGUUAUUUGUUGUGUAUAUAAUUGUUGUUGACUAUUCAAGUGUUAAGACGUGUGCUGUGCAAAUGUGAAAGUUUCUUAUAAGAAAAGACUGUGUUCUUUUUUGCAAGUUUAUCCUACUUUUUUUAUUUGGACAGCUGUUUUUAUUGCUAAUUACGCUGAGCCACAAAUGUAAGCGACAGAGGAGCAAUGAAGAGCGGAUGGACAGCGAACUGCUGAGUCCACAAAAUGGCCGCCGGGACGACAAGAUGGCGGACCAAGUGCCGCGGCGCGGUGCUGUUCGCCAUAUUGCUGCAAGUUGUUAACGGUUACGAAGAAAUCUACACGAUAUCUCAACUAUCUCCAAAAUCAGACUCCGUCGAUCUACCAGAAGAGCAAGACCUCCACACCACCCAGUCAGACAACCUAGCUUUUAGGAUAGAACCUAGCCUCGCCAGGUACGACGACCUGGAAGACCUGGAACCUGAAGACAUAGUCACAGAUGAAGAAACUGAAAAACAUGUCAUUGUAGCCAGAUCUGCAGAUCCUAGUGACAGAGCAUCUAGAUCUUUAAAUUUCGAUGAAAUACCCUCAUCAAACAACGAGAUAGACAACGAAAUAGAACUACACAAUAAAAGGAAAUACUAUGACAUACAUCCAACGAAAACUACGGGUUUUAGUCACGAGAACGAGGUGCUUAUGUCCUCAGAUGGGGACAGAUUCGAGUUUAACUUUCCGGGGGAAGCCAGGAGGGCUCCAAAGGCCAGAGCGUUGCCUUUGGGGCCCAGAAUACGGCCUACUGCGGUGCAGCCGAUGUAUGCCACCAUCAACCCUAAUGAAGGAAGACAGAACACAGAAAUACAGAACAUCAUAACCGGUAUAGUCAAGCUUCUGAACGGAAAUGUCAACGUGCAAGCUAAUACUCAGCUCCUCAGGCCAGGCAGACCUAUGAAUUCAAGGAUAAACAAUAGAGGACCACCUCGAAUAUCUGAUGUACCACCCAUGCCUGACUUUGAUAAACCUCUAACCCCUCCGACUCACACCUUUCAUCCAACAAAAACCCCUCCCCCCUACCCCUUCGAUAGACCCCAUCAUGGUGUUAAUUUGCCUGAACAAAUUGUACCACCACUGAACCCUCACAGACCAGGGUUCCAUAGGCCCAACAUUCCCCCUUGGCAACGGCCUAGACCUAGGCCACCUAAUAUGCCAGGUAGAAGGCCCAAUCCUGGUCUACCUAUAUACAAACCUCCUCCAAUGCCUGUUGACAUACCAAACUUGGACGAAGAGGAAGAAGCAGAAAAUGAAACUAAUCAUGAUAACCAUUUAGUCCAAGAUGAAAAAGAGACUGUACCGUUACUUAAUCUACCUGUCUCUAACACUACUGAAGAAAACGAGAAAGAAGAAAACAAACUAACCACAGCCCCUGAAACUACAAGCAGUACAACAACAACCACAACCACAACAACGGAAAAAACAACAACAACAGAAAAAACAACAACAGAACCACCAAAAACAACGACCGAAAAAGCCAAAACCACAACUGAAAAGGUUAAAACUACAACAGAAAAACCAAAAACGACAACAGAACGCAAACCUACUACGGAAAAACCAAAAACUACAACUGAACGCAAACCUACCACUGAAAAGGCCAAAACUACAACAGAGACAAAGACAACUACAGAAAAAGCUAAAGUGGAAAAGAAGCCAGAAAAGAAAAAGGAACCAUUUACCGCUGAUAAGAAAGAUAAAUACAAGAUUGAUGAGAAACCUGGGAAUAAGACAAAGAUUGAGACUAUUAUAGACAUCAUCGAGUCUUCGAUAGAUGAGUAUAAGUCUUCUGCUGCGGCUGCGACUCCGACUGAAGGACUGAUGUCUCACGCCCCAACUGUCAGUGUCCCGGAAAGUCCGCAUAGUGUGAUGAAGACAUCUUCUAUCAAUGCACAACCAUUACCAUCAUCCCAAACGCCGUACCGUCCGUACCGCCGUCCCGGCAUCGUGCUGGACGAUCCGGACUUCAAGCCGGCCGGCAGCCGUCGUCCGGUAUCGGACGCCCCCGUCCUUACGGCACCUUUACCUGGAUACGGAGAAAUCUUCGAUGUCACUGUGUCAGCCAUUCAGGGACCUGGUGAAAAAGGCGGUGCGUCUGUUCACAUUGAGAACGUGAACCCCAUAUCAGGGCACGCAGACGACGACAUCAUCGUGUCACCGUCGGGCGAGCAAGGCUUCGUGUCCAUAGACGGCAAGCGGACUUAUCUGAACCUGUUCGACACUUCCAGUCAACAUGUGGAGCCUACUAGACUACAGUCAGGUUUGUUUACCACAGUCCACCACCCCAGCCACCCGCCGGCAGUGGGCUCAGGAGUAGCAGUUCCAGCAGACCCCGAGCCUGCGCCACCACGGCGACCACCAGCUUACCGCCCGAGACCGCGCCCACAGGCUACAGUCAGGUUUGUUUACCACACUUACCGCCCGAGACCGCGCCCACAAGCUACAGUCAGGAUAGACACGUGUAUAGUUGGCGACGACGCCACGUGUGACCAGGCGCAGAAUGAGAAGUGCAGGACGGAAGCAGGUAUAUCCAGCUGCCAAUGCCGGCCGGGCUACGCGCGGCGCACGCACCGCGACCCGUGCCGGCGUGUGGUCUCCCUCGUACUGAACCUGAGGGUAGACCGACUAUAUGAUAAGCCGAUGACAUGGGAUAACAAGUUGACGGACAAGGAUUCCGAGCUGUAUCAACAGUUGAGCUACGAGGCACUUAGAGCUAUCGACUCUGCAUUCUCAAUGACACCGUUCUCUGACGAGUUCGUGAGCGGGUCUAUAAACUCGGUGCACCGUGAGCUUGGCUCGGGCGUCUACGUUAACUACACUAUAUUGAUGUCGGAGUCAGGAGAGAUGCUACGACCAGCCGUGGGCGCCGAGAUCCACAAGCAAGUGCUGGGCGUCCUGCGGCGCCGGUCUAAUAACGUCGGGGCUUCUGCUCUGUGGGUAGAUCACCUCGCCGGUGCUGUGGCUCCACUUAAAGAUCUAGAUGAAUGCGCAUCUCCAGAGUACAACGACUGUCACCAGCUAGCUCAUUGCAUCAACACCUGGGGAGGCUUCCGGUGCUCAUGCCCAGACACGACUCUAGACGCUCAAGAAUCAGGACAGUUAGCUGGAAGAGAUUGCCGCGCGUGCGGCAGCAGCCACUGUAACGAGAGGGGCACCUGUCACUACGCCAACCGACGCCCUACUUGCAGCUGUUCGUCGGGAUACUACGGCUCCACGUGCGAGGUGGACGGCGAGGUGGUGGGCGUGGCGGUCGGCGCGUCCCUGGCCGCUGCACUAGUCAUCGCUGCAACGUUGGCUGCACUUCUCAGUUGGAGUCGCAAAUGGUCCCGUGAGCAGAAGGCGGUGGGCACGGGGUCGCCGGUGUUCAGCUACAUGCAGGGAGUCAACACCAUCAAGGCGCCACCAGUAGGCGGCCCGCCGUACCAGGUGACGCUGGAGGAACGAAUGCGUUGGGCGCAGAUCGCCGAGGCGAUGGCCCAGUCUAACCACUACGCGACGGAGAACCAGACGAUGGCGACUCGGCCGUCGUCGGCCAUGUUCGGCGGCUACCCCACGCUGCCGCCCGUGCCCAUGCCCAGAUUGGGCCUGCACCACUCGGGCACGCUGAACACAAUGGCGUCGCGCGCCAACACCGCGGGCUCGCACCACAACCUCUAUGGCUACACGAACCACAUGGCGACGGAGUCAUCAUCAUCUGAAGCGUCGUCGCACGCGCAGGAGCGCGCCGACCUGCUGCACGCGCCGCGCCCCAAGUCGCGCGCGCGCAGCCUGCACAACCAAACCGGCAUCUACUACGACGUGGAGUACGAGAACGCGGAACCCAUCUACGGGACCAAGGGCAUUCCCUUAUCCACGUACACGGUGAGCCGCGGCCCGCCCUUCUACCGCGCCUAGUACUUGUAGUGUCGCUGGCCAA